CGCACCGCGGAAGCAACAUCUUCGGCGAGGCAGCCACGGGUGUGGUUCGGAUUAGUACGGGUGGUUCACCUAGCAGUCGUUUUCCUAUUUUCAGCUACGUGAAAGGGGAAAAAAUUCUGACCAGAACCACGGAGAAGCCGUUUGACUUUGACAUAUCUGCUGUGCGGACUGAGGGCAGGCAAGAACAAUGGCUACCCAGUCUGAUUUGAUGGAGUUGGACAUGGCUAUGGGAGACAGUAAGGCUGCUGUGAGCCAGUGGCAACAGCAGUCCUAUCUGGAUUCAGGAAUUCAGUCUGGUGUCACCACCACUGCUCCAUCCCUGAGUGGCAAGGGGAACCCUGAUGCUGAAGAAGAAGAUCCAACUCUCUAUGACUGGGAGUUCAACCAACCCUUCACUCCUGAGGCUACAGAUAUUGAGGGGUAUGCCAUGACCCGGGCCCAGCGUGUGCGUGCUGCCAUGUUCCCUGAGACUUUGGAAGAGGGCAUUCAGAUUCCACCUACCCAGCUGGAUGCAGCCCACCCAACGGCGGUGCAGCGUCUGGCAGAGCCCUCUCAGAUGCUAAAGCACGCUGUAGUUAACCUUAUUAACUAUCAAGAUGAUGCUGAGCUGGCCACUCGUGCCAUACCUGAGCUCACCAAACUGCUCAAUGAUGAGGACCAGGUUGUUGUGAAUAAAGCCGCUGUAAUGGUGCAUCAGUUGUCAAAGAAGGAGGCAUCGCGCCAUGCCCUCAUGCGUUCACCGCAGAUGGUUUCAGCAGUUGUUCGUGCCAUGCAAAACACUGGUGAUGUGGAAACUGCUCGUUGCUCUGCAGGCACCUUACACAAUCUUUCCCACCAUCGUGAGGGACUCCUUGCAAUCUUUAAAUCUGGAGGUAUCCCUGCCCUGGUCAAGAUGUUGGGCUCACCGGUGGACAGUGUUUUGUUCUAUGCCAUCACCACACUUCACAACCUGUUGUUGCACCAGGAAGGGGCCAAAAUGGCAGUGCGCCUAGCUGGGGGCCUCCAAAAGAUGGUGGCGCUGUUGUCUAACACCAAUGUUAAGUUCUUGGCAAUCACUACCGACUGUCUGCAGAUCCUGGCAUAUGGCAAUCAGGAAAGCAAGUUGAUAAUUCUGGCCAGUGGUGGCCCCCAGGCCCUGGUCAACAUCAUGAGGACCUUCACAUAUGAGAAACUGCUGUGGACCACAAGCAGAGUGCUUAAGGUGCUCUCUGUUUGCUCAAGCAACAAGCCUGCCAUUGUUGAAGCUGGAGGCAUGCAGGCUCUAGGGCUUCAUCUGACAGAUCCAAGCCAGCGUCUGGUCCAAAACUGUCUGUGGACUCUGAGAAAUCUUUCUGAUGCUGCCACUAAACAGGAGGGGAUGGAGGGUCUCCUGGGGACCCUGGUCCAGCUGCUGGGCAGUGAUGACAUCAAUGUGGUGACAUGUGCUGCUGGCAUUCUCUCCAACCUGACUUGCAACAACUACAGUAACAAACUUAUGGUCUGCCAGGUUGGCGGCAUCGAGGCUUUAGUGCGAACAGUGCUUCGGGCUGGUGACAGGGAGGACAUCACCGAGCCAGCGGUCUGUGCUCUGCGCCACUUGACCUCCCGCCACCAGGAUGCUGAGAUGGCCCAGAAUGCUGUGCGUCUUCACUAUGGCCUGCCUGUGGUAGUGAAACUACUGCACCCUCCAUCCCACUGGCCAUUGAUCAAAGCAACAGUUGGUCUUAUUCGCAACCUGGCUCUCUGCCCAGCUAAUCACAGUGCUUUGCGGGAGCAGGGUGCCAUCCCCCGACUGGUCCAGCUGCUCGUCAGAGCUCACCAGGACACCCAGAGGCGCACCAGCAUGGGAGGCAACCAACAGCAGUUUGUUGAGGGUGUGCGUAUGGAGGAAAUAGUGGAAGGGUGCACAGGAGCUCUGCACAUCCUGGCCCGCGAUGUCCACAACAGAAUUGUUAUCAGAGGGCUUAACACCAUUCCACUCUUUGUCCAGUUGCUGUAUUCUCCAGUGGAGAAUAUCCAGCGUGUUGCAGCAGGUGUGCUGUGCGAAUUGGCCCAGGACAAGGAAGCUGCUGAGGCAAUCGAAGCUGAAGGAGCCACUGCACCACUCACCGAGUUGCUGCACUCCCGCAACGAGGGCGUUGCAACUUAUGCUGCAGCUGUCUUGUUCCGCAUGUCUGAGGACAAACCCCAGGACUACAAGAAACGUCUGUCAGUGGAACUGACCAGCUCUUUGUUCAGGACUGAACCCAUGGCCUGGAAUGAUACUGGAGACCUGGGACUGGAAAUUGGAGCACAGGGCGACCCCCUGGCUUACAGGCAGGAUGAUGGAGCAUAUCGGGCCUACCCCCCAGCUUACGGGCAGGACUCCCUGUUAGACCCCAUGAUGGAAGGUGCCGACUACCAUGCUGACACGCUGCCUGACCUGGGUCACCACACUGAUCCUCUGCCAGACCUUGGCCACACCCAGGAUCUGAUGGACAGCAACCAGCUGGCCUGGUUUGACACCGACCUGUAGGAUUGGUGAGAUGUUGUUUUCUAAUAGAACCUGCAUUGUGACUGGCCUGUAUUGUCUGAAGCAGCAUUGUGAUUGCCCUGUAGAUUGUUAAAGGAAAGAGGAAUAAGUGGUCUUGGAAAGUGCCUGACACAGGAAGAUAAAGAUGGUUGCCACAGGAAUGUUAAAGCAAGUUGAAAAGGGGGGAAAGAAGGAAUAAAAGAAUCAGAUGUGGAAUCAUACAAUGGAGGUCCAAGAGCAGGUUAUCUGUUUGAAUGAGCACACAUGAGGUGGAUCUUAAAAAGUGUGAAACACAUAUGUUUUAGCCUUGCCUGUAUUCUUAUCAAAUUUGUUUCUAUUUUUCUUAUUCAUUUUUUUUUUAUUUCUUUUGUAUUAUUCAUUCUGUUAUGGUACUGACCCAGCUUGCCUUCGCACUAGCCAUCUUCAUUUCAUUUCAGUGCUAAUCAUUUGUAAUUUCUUUCCUUUUUUUUUUCUUUUUCUUUUUUUUAAGAACGUAUGUUACACGUAGUGUUAAGUUAUAGUGAUAUUAUACAAUGUUCCUUUGGUUAUGGUCGAAUGUGUAGAACACUAAUAAUCAGUUAAAAUGUAUUCUGACUUAAAGUGUAACAUUGUGUAGUUUUUUUUAUAAUCUCAAAAAUGGAGAAUUAUGCAUUCUUAAUAUGUGCUUGUUUAAGCAUAAAAUAUGUCGGUGUCAAAUGUUCUAAAGAGGGAUAUGGGUCAAAUUGAGGGUGUGUUGGGGAUAAAUCUAGAGACAAGUGUUUUAUAUACAGUAUCACUGGUAGCUUCACUAUUUUGUAUGCUAUCAUUGGAUGUGUGAAAGAAAAAUUCUAAUGCUAUUGUUGGCGGUCUGAUAAAACCCAGUUUUAUGUGCUAUCAAGGGUAGCUAGGUUGACAGACAGUUGUAGUCCUGCUGUGUUUAUUUUGGAGACGAGGUUAUAACACGGCUGAACAAUAAAAUGGCAUUUUAUUUCA